CUUUUCAAUGAUUCAAUCAAAAAAUGGGCAACAUUAUUAGAACAAGACAAGUUUUUCUAUAUUAUGAACAACCGCAUUACUCCUGCCAAUCCUAAUUUUCUAUCUGCCAACCAGAAAAUUGAGAUUGAAUUCAUCAACGGCACCAUUGUUCAAGAAUGCAAAGGUCCUUUUUCUACCAUUGCUUUUUCAAAUAAUUUUGUUUCGUUUGAAGAUGAACAAUUGCAAUUGAUGGGAAAAACUUUAGAUAUUUUAAAAAUAUUUGUGAGUUCUAAGCUCUUCACAAGAGGAAAAAAUCGAAGAGAGAUAGUACUUAUGAAUGAAAAGAAAUUUUGGGCUAGGCUCCACAUCCAUCACUACAAUAUGGAUAGAUCCCACUUUUGAAGAGGCAAAAUCUCUACAAGAAU